UAUAAACCCGGAAACGAAGCGUGUGCGCGUCUCCGUUCAGCGAGAGCGCCGAGAGGAGCUCGUUGUGCGUUAGAGAGAGAGAGAGAGAGAGUAGCAGAGUGUGCGAGUGCGAAUUUAUCGCGGAGUCACUCUCGAGCUCUCGUCCAACUUCCGUUAGAGACGUGCGCGCGUCCGUCCUGACGUCUCUACGCAUAUGUAUGACGUGUGCAUCGCAACGGGCACAGCGACUGCCGCGGCGAUAUACGACGUCGGUCGUCGUGUUCACGUUGAAAUGAGAAAGUUGUUGCCGCUGCGCUGAGAGGAUUGGGAACGCGACGACGCACGCGAACCAGCCAGACGGACAAUUCCCGUACUAAGAGCGGAGGUACGGAGAGACCGAAGGCAGCGACAGUAACAGCGGUACAUUGAGCCGAGUGCGCACGGAGAGUCGUCGUUGGUCGUCCGCUCGUUCCCGUCUACCUGCCUGUACUUACGAGCACUUUACGAGUGUAAUCGUCGAAACUUUGAAAAAUGAAUUUUACACCUUUUCCUGGAUUUACUGGCUCGUUGCCGACCGGUACUGUUCAUCAAUUCGCCACAGCGAAAUUUGCACAGAAUCUUACCACUGGAGGACAGGUGGUGGGAGUUUUAUCCGGUGGUGAAGGUGGAGUUCAUUAUUUGAGGCCGGUUGAUCCGAACGGUUUCGCGGUCGCUCAGAGUGGUAAUAGUCAACAACAACAAAUUAUUACUUUGCCUAUCACUGUCCCGGGAAAGGAUGGUACGCAGCAACAGCAGACUGUCCAGAUACAGGUGGUUAAUCCUAGCGUGGCACAAGGCGGAAAUGGCGAUCAGCCAAAGUAUCAUUUGGCGCCGAUAUCCCUGAGUCAGUUUCCACAGGGAGCAGCUACCGUUCUCACCGUUGCCUACAGUCAACAAGGCGCGGAUGGUGUUCAAAUUCAAGUACAACCGCAAAACACUGUAGCGACUACGCAAACGUCUGAUCAAACGACACAAAGUACGUCUACCGCUGUGACUACCACGUCUCAACAGACCAUUCAACAGACUGUACAACUUCCGGGAGCGCCCGAAGGUCUGACUGUAGUCGCUCAGAUUCCUCAAGACUUGAUUCUACGAGAGAGCAUAGAGGAGUCCAAGGAGGAUAUCAAGGAAGGUACGACACCCGUGGCUCUUAUUAAGCGAGGCGGUGUUAAGAGUCAAGGUAAUCAGAGUGAAGAAUUCAUCACUUCUAUGCCAGCCAGUUGGCAGAGUCUCGCUGCUCCAGGAUCCACAGUUGCGGAUUACCUUUCUAGACUGCCAACAAGUACUUUGCCUCUUAGUUUGCAACAUUUUCUCAAAUUUUCGGCGGAGACUAUUAAAAGAGAAGCUACCAUUGAAUCCAGUCCGCUCGGACCGGAUGGUCUCGAUGCUUCCGGAAGUACAACUACGACAGAUCAAGCUGUGCAGAUUACAGUCGCCGGAGGAGAAACGGCGAUCAUUCCCGAUGUUGUUGAAGAACAGGAGCCAGGAACGAAACCGAAGCGGAAAAAAAAAUAUAAAAAGAAACCACCGAAACCGAAGAAACCAAAACCGGGACAGGUGAGCAUAGUCACCGCUCUAGAUGGUACGACUCUAUUUUGCUGCCCUCAAUGUAACAUGGCAUAUCCGGAGAAGGAAAGUUUGGAGCAGCAUUUGAUUGGACAUAAAAUAGAGAGGAGAUUUAUAUGCGACAUUUGCGGCGCUGGUCUUAAACGAAAGGAACAUUUGGAACGGCACAAGUUAGGCCAUAAUCCUGAUAGGCCUUUCAUUUGUUCCGUUUGCAUGAAAGGUUUUAAACGAAAAGAACACUUGAAUCUUCAUUUUGUUAUACAUUCUGGUCAAAAGACCGAAGUUUGCACCGAAUGCGGUAAGGCGUUCUAUCGGAAAGACCACCUUAGAAAGCACGCGAGAUCUCAUCUUACUAAGCGUGCCAAGGAGGAUCCAUUGAAUACGACGAACGAUUCGACGCAGACUCAAGCGUCGGACACACAAGUGGAGCAGAUACAACAGCCCGAAUUGCAGCAGAUUCAGAUACAAGUAGCACAAGGAUCCCAAGCGCAGAUUCAGAUAGCGGUUAAUGAACAGUCUACUGUAGUUUUGCCUACAGCGGCUGAAACUGGAGCUAUGACUAUGCUUCAUCAUCAGCAGCAACAGCAACAACAACAACAACAGCAGCCGCAGCAACCACAGCAGCAGCAACAAUCGCAACAGACACAGCAGCAGCCACAACCACAGCAGCAACAGCAACCGCAGCAACCACAGCAACAGCAACAGCAUUAUUCCAUGACGCAAAUACACGAAUUCUGCUUACGGUCUGCAAUGAAUUUCCCACCGUUCGGAGGUCACUUCCCUAGCACCAUACCGAGCAUCCAUCAGUUUGCGACCGAUAGCUCGAGUGGUGCAGGUGCGCGUUACGCCAAUCAUUUUCCCAACCAGCCUCCGAUUGGAGUGCCGGUUGUGGGAAAAUACCGUCCCGAGAACAACGGCGUACAGUCGGCUCAGUCGCAAGUGAUGAUGAACAAUAAAACUAGCUAUCCCAACAGUUCUAAUGUUCAUCAUUAUCCCAAUGUGCCGUACACUCAAGCUCAAUCGGUUCAGCAACGACCAGCCAACUCGCCUGGAAUGCAAGAGAAACGAUCGUAUCAUCAGCAAUCCACGGAAACUAUAAAUCAACAAGAUGUUUGCAACCUUCUUCAAGACAAAGACAAGAAUAAGGAAAAGAAGGCUGAGGAGCAACAGCGGAAUGGAGAGACCACUACGAAUGGCACUCAACAGGAUUACACGAUGCACCAACAUCAUCAACAGCACGCUCAUACGCAAACGCCAGCUACCAUGCCCGCAACAUGGCAGUCGCUCGCGACUCCUGGUUCCACUGUAGCUGAUUAUCUCAGUCAUUUGCCAGCUAGCACUUUGCCAUUGAGUUUACAUCAUUUUCUCAAGUAUUCUGCCGAGAGUAUUAAAAAAGAGUCGGAAAUGGCGCAAACAACUUCGGUGGCUGUGGCAACUACAACAACGCCCAAUAUAAUGAUGUCACCGAAUAAUAAAAAGAAGAAAAAGAAGAAGACACCGAAGGAGAAGAAGCCACGUCCGAAACCUGGCGAAAUUCGUUUAACGACAGCGUUGGAUGGUUCGACAUUAUAUUGUUGUCCUGAAUGCCAUAUGGCGUAUCCUGAACGAGAAUUGUUAGAGCAGCACCUUUUAGGUCACACUUUAGAGAGAAGAUUCGUUUGUGACAUAUGUGGCGCUGGCUUGAAACGAAAAGACCAUCUUACGCGUCAUAAACAGAGCCACAAUCCUGAGCGACCUUACGUUUGCACCGUUUGCUUGAAAGCUUUUAAAAGAAAGGAACAGUUAACGCUACAUUUUGUAAUACAUUCUGGGGAGAAGCGACACGUGUGCACUGAAUGUGGCAAAGGAUUUUAUCGGAAGGAUCAUUUACGGAAACAUACCAGAAGUCACAUUGCGAGAAGAGUGAAGGCUGAAUUAAGUCAAAACGCUGGUACGCAACAGAAUCAACAACAAAAUAAUGUUUCGAGUAUGCAAACCACAACCGUUUCAGCGUCAUCUGUUCUUCCGGGUGGACAUCCGGGUUCCCUCCUGUCCUGAGCCCCGCCACCAGGGAACUUCCAGGUUCCCCAUCCAAAUAACAUUCUUCAUACUCAUACAUCGCAUCAUUCGCUACAUCAUCAUCAUUUAACGGCAGUAAAUGUAGCACAUCAAUCAAGCGUCACACCACUCGCUACGUCUGGUCAUUAUCAGUCACAUGAGCUUAACUUUUUGGGGCACGUUAAAGAUUUCUGAGACGAGAAGAGGACCUCGAUGAAGAGGUAACACCAAGAUGCUAAUUAAUUGUCACUAUCA